AUUGGUUAAACCCCUAGAUGGCGCUGUGGGCUAAACCGGGAAAAAGUUUUGUUUACACCGCCUGUUUACACACGAGAAACUUGACAUUUGUUAAUUUAUGUUCCCCUAGAUUUGUUCUGCUAAUCUUCUUCAAGAGAAAUUAAAGUACUUAAUCUUUAACAAUGUUGGAUUAAAGAUGUAGCAGAAAUGGAAGAUGGAAAAACAGAUUGAAGCAGCUGAGUAUGCAGAGUACAUUAUCCAGAAAGUAAAGCAGAAUCCAGGAGCCUUUGUUAACCCAGAGCUACCACUAGGGAGUAAGGGAAAAUCUAUACAUCAGAAAUUAUCCGACUUAUAUUUAGAAGAGAAAGCUAAAGACACAGAUGAAUCUGGCCAGCUCCAUGCUUCACGUCUCUUAGGAAAGUUGGUAAAGCGUGAUAAAUUAGAAUGUUUGGUGUUAAAUCUGUUCGCUGGAAAUGAAGGGUAUUCUUUAAUGAUCAAAGGAAGAAAUGGAAUAGAGGCAGAAACACUUAAAUUACCAUAUGAGGCUUCAGAGUUUCUGGAACAUGUUGACUCUUCAGAACUUCCCCCAUUCCUUGUGGAUUUACUGGAAAGAGCACAGGUAAAUGUGUUCUACAGUGGCUGUGUGAUACUAGAAGUUCGGGAUUAUCGUAGAGCUAAUGAUGGCAGAUAUGAUACUGAUUAUGUGUUGUUGAAGCCUACAUCACAGUCUUUGUUGGCUGAUAUUUAUAACCUUAGCAGUGAUGGACAUAGAUGGACCCAAGAGGAUCUGUUUACAUUAGAAAGUCAGUUACUAUUGGCAACAGAAGAGCCAAUAUGUUUGGAUCCAUCUCCCGCUGUUCACCUUGUUGCCAAUAGACUCCAGUAUGAAAGAAAAGUACUUGAUACUCCAAUGAUUAAAAGAUCUGUUAAAAAAUUUACACAAGCAUCUAUAAACAGAAAACGAAAAUUUGAGCAAGCUGAAGCGCCAAAAGAAUUACGUCUAUAUGACUUUGUACACAAGAAGCGUGUUAGGUCACACCCACAUGUGAACCUGAAGGUUGGAAAAGCUCAUGUUGACAUGUGGAAACAAAAGUUAGUUCAGCUUUCUACACCAGAAACUGUUGAGGUUGAGAAAUAUGCGACAGUUAUGGAGUCGCCAGAUAAUGUAGCUGAUAAUGAUUUGGAUCUUGUAGAAGAACAGAUGUUGGAAAGGGGAACAAAUCAAGAAAAGAAGUUUAUGGCCAAGUUAUCUAUAUUAAAACGUAAAUCUGAUCAUGUAUAUUACGGAGAACUAUACAUAGAUCAUGAUCAUAAAGAGGGUUCUCAUGGUUCAUCUUGUACUUUCAUACUGGGUUCAAAAGGCAAUGUUGAAAAAUAUCUUCAGCAGUUUAAGGAAAUCUUCACAGAAGAAGGUAGAUUAGCUGUAAAAAUAACAAAACAGAUUCCUGGUCAGCCUGCUGUUAUAGAGUACACCCAGACAUCAUCUACCAGUUCAGGAAUAACUAAUAUUAGUGCUUCAGCUGUGUUAGGGACACACCAUCCUAGCUCUAGUUCUGCGGGGUUAGAACAUACUGCUGCUCCAGGAUUACUAAUGGCCAAGAGAAAUGUACCAAUACAAUUAUCACUCACCCUGGCUCCUGCUGGAACAAAUGCACAAACAGGGAACCAGUUACAACUCAACAUACAGAAACAGACCAUUAGUACCCAGUCUCAAAUGUUUGCUCAGAGAAACAAAUUUUCUACAGCUCCCAGUUCCCAGAGAUCUGCGUCUAACACUCCAAAUCAAAGUCCUGCAACCACACCCACAUCAGCUACAGUUCAGAAUCAACUGUUCCCCCAUCACCUGACCAACAAUUCAUCUAAAUCACACCUCUUCAUUUCAUCACCUCCAUCCAUGUCAACAGUUACCACAGCAACCGUCUCCAAGAAAUCUAGUCACACAGCAGCCGUCACUAAUCAAGGUCAAGUACAGUCUGGUACUGCAGGAAACAUUGCAUUUGUACAAAGUGGUGAAAACAGUCAAGGGCAGACUAACCAAGGUUUGACUAGUAUUAACUUUAGUGGACUUCCCCCUAACAUUAACAUUCAGAAUAUAACAGGACUGUCUGGGAUCAAUAUUGCCAACCUUCAAGGACUACAGAACCUACAGAUGUCUAAUAUAGCUGUACCUGUACCUAUAUCUCUUGUCAGCUCUAAUGCUGGGGUGCUCCAGAAUCAAGGAGGAAUAUUUGUUAGUUCAAUUCCUGGUCUAGUGACUGUAUCUAGUAGUGCUCCAACAACAUUAUCACAGAUGAAGCAGGCCAACAGUGUGACCUCAUCAGCUCCCAGUAUAGUGACAUUUGUAACAGCACUACCCAGUUCUGUGUCCAGUAGUGUGGUCAACACAACAUCAGGUUCAACAGCACCUACUUCUACAGGGAUGUUGUCAGUUUCUAUAGCAAGUUUGGCUCCUCUGGUCAGUGCUGGAAUGAGAACACAAUCUGGAUCUGGAAUCAGAACAAAUUCUCUCCCUUUACUACAGAUCCAAGGUCAGCCUGGUGGAUUACAGCUUCUAAAUCUUCAACAACAAAGAGCCCCUCUCAAACCAGGAACAGCAACUCUUGCUACACAAUCUGCUGGUCAAAUACAUAUAGGAGGCAAACAUGUAACUAGUAUUCCUAGUUCAGGUGUUUUGACGGCUCAAACAAUUGGUGGUCACCAGGUGGCACUGUCUCAGUUAAAGCCAGGUCAGCCACAACCAGCUGGAGGUCCUAUGCCACCACAACUGAUGCUACAGCAGAUUCAAAGACAACAAUUCCAGCUGCAGCCAUUCCAAAUUAAACCUCCAUCAACACCAGUAACAUCUGUAGGGUCUAACUUAAAACCCAAAAGUAAAAAGAGGACAACACCAACACCACCAAAACAUUAGAUUAUAUUACAUUGAGAGGACUUAUUUUUAUGUAUGGUAUUUGUCAGAAGCCUCUAUAAUUGUAAUUACUAUCAAGGUCAUUAUGAAUGAAUAUGAAUGACCUCACAAUAAAUUCUACUAGUUUGAAAUAUGAAAUUUUGAGUUCGUUUAAAGCAUGAAGAGUAGCCAUUUACAUUCUUGAAUUUUAAUUUUUACACACAUUUUUUUGGUAUUGAAUAUAGAGAAUGUAUGGAUGAAAUUUAUUUGAUAUAUACAAUAUGACACAUGUCUGGCCUAUUUUUUUAAAUGUACAUAGACUUGAGUAUGGAUUAAAUUGUUGAAUGUUUGUGCAUUUUGUUUUUAUAGAGAGAUUAUGUAUAUGUUGAAAUUUAGGAUUUAAAUUUUUAUUGUUUGUACACAUGUACUAUUUAAGAACAAUUUACAUGAUAAUGAAGUAUUUUAUAUGAA